UCCUCCGCAGCAGCGAUGAGCCGCCGCGACGUCAAGUAGAGGACGGACCCGGAGGCGACGAGCACGACGCUACGAACAUGAACGGACUCGCUGCGGCCGCGGGGUCGGCGUCCUGCCGCUUCGCCCACUAUUUUGUCGUCUGCGGAGUGGACACGGAGACCGGCCUCGAACCGGACGAUGUGGCAGGAGAGGGCUUUGAGCAGAGUCCAAUCCGAAGGUCCUUUAAGUCAAAAGUUCUGGCCCAUUAUCCUGAAAGCACGAACAAGUACCCCUUCAAUAAAGAUGCUGUCAAUAUGCUGUGCAUGCCACGGGGUCUGGCGUUUCGUACACAAGCGGACAGCCUUGAGCCUCACUUCCACUCAUUCACAGUUGCCGCUGAUAAUGGCACGCGCUCCUAUGGCUUUGUCCUCACCUUCUAUGAAGAAGUGACGUGUAGUCAGAUCGCCACUGCCAUGCAGACACUUUACCAGAUGCAUCAUGUGGAGCACCACUCCACCUCCACCACCUCCUCACACUCUUCCUCCUCAUCGUCCGCCUCCUCUCCCUCCACCUCCAGUAUGGACUCUCUCGUAAGCAGCCUGGAUGAGUCAGACGCCGAGUCUCUGGCCGGGGGAUCUGUCUGCCUCGGCUGUGCGGGCUCCUUUGACCCGACGCGAGACACUCUGUUUGCAUCUAAAGCCCUCUGCCUCCUCACACCUCUGCCCUUCCUCCAGGCUGCUCGACAGUUUCUGUCUCAGCUGCACCAUGCUGUGACAUCACACAUGGCCCCGCCCCUCCCCCUGGAGAGCUACAUCCACAAUAUCCUGUAUGAGGUGCCCUUGCCCCCUCCUGGCAGGUCACUGAGGUUCCACGGUGUAGAGGGGCCCAUUUUGUGCCAGCAGCCAGGCCCAGGAGAGCUCCCUCUGGGUGACUAUCCCCUUGGAGAGGUCUUCUCCCUGCUAGGUGUGGACAAUAUGGUGCAACUGCUGACUUGUGUACUUAUGGAGACACAGGUUCUUCUCUACUCUCACGACUACCAGCGAUUGAUGACAGUGGCGGAGAGCAUCACUACCUUGUUGUUCCCAUUCCAAUGGCAACACAUCUACCUGCCCAUUCUACCUGCUCCUUUACACCACCUUCUGGAUGCCCCUGUGCCAUUCCUCAUGGGUAUCCAGCGGAGAGAUGGAGCGCAACGAUCCUCCCUUAACCUUCCACAUGAGGCCAACCUCUGCUUUGUGGACAUUGACAACCACUGCAUCGAGGCACCUGAGGACCUCCCGUUGUUUCCGGAACAGACGGAGCUCAUCCAGGAACUAAGUGAAGUACUAAUACGGUUUGGCCUCCCUCCACAAGGAGGUGUGAUGAAUAAGCCUGUCACCGCUCCUCCUUGCCUCAGCACCCUGGUCCUCGAGGACCUGAUGGAGGACAGAAGGAAUGGGAACCUUGGAGGAGAGGAGCUGGCUGUGCUCGAGAGACUGCAGGCACUGGCACGAAGGUGUGGAGGAGGAAAAUUGACAGAUGGAGAGAAGACACUGGGACGUGUGUUUGAGGAAGAGGAAGAGGAGCUGAGGUCUGCAAAGAUGAAUGUUCAGCUGAGGGAGGUGUUUGCCAGCCGAUUUGCUGCCAUGUUUGGCAGAUAUGAGGAGUUUGUCCUUCACAGUGCUCCUGAUCUGGAAUCCUGGUUGAGUAACCGAGAGGGAACAUGCUGCUUUGACAAGGGUUCCUUCCUCUCAGUCCAGCCUGCAACCCACCUGAGCUUCCUGUCGCGGUUCCUGGAGACGGCCAUAUUCUCCUCUUUUGUGGACGGGAAGGUGAUCUCUCGCUGGGCAGACCGGGAGCCACUGCAGCGGCUGUUCGACAGCCGCCUGGAGAGAGAGCGGCUGUAUGACACCGAUGAGGAGGAUGCUCACAGAUACCGCUACAGGAAGUGCACCAAGCUCUUCGAUUCAACCCAGGCUAUCGAGUGCAGACUGCUGAAGGCAGACCAUACAGCCAUUCACCCCCAUCUGCUGGACAUGAGGAUCGGUCAGGGCCGACACCAGCAGGGCCAUUUUCCCAAACUGCAGGCAGAAGUGCUCGCACAUGGCCAUAGCACCAAGUGGUCCAGUCGUGUGACAGCAUCACGUAGGAACGACUCCAGGAGGCCAGCAACCACUGAAGCCUCAGGACUGGACAAUGAACAGAAACAGAAGCACACAUUUUGGCGAAAGAACAUGCGUCAAUCCAAGCUGCUGGAUCCUUCAGCCUUGGCUAUCAGUCAGACCCACCGGGAGUUUGUGGAUGGAUUACUGAGUGAGUGCCGCCUAAAGACCAAGCAAAUGUUGAUGGAGAGGAUGGGGAAAGAGAGUGUGGAAUUGUGUCAGGGUGAAGCCAACAUUACUGGCCUGCAGGAGACCACACUCAUCCAUGGUCUCUGUGACCUACUGGAGAGGACCUGGGGCCAUGGUCUGCAGCUAAAACAGGGGAAGUCAACUCUGUGGUCCCACCUGCUCCACUACCAUGCCGCGCAGGAGAAGAUGGCAUCCCCAGCUGAGUCUUCAGUGUCUCCAGGCAUGGACCAAAGGAUGCUUGAUGAGGGGAUUCCACUCCUGAAAGGAUCCUUGCUACAGGACAUGAGGUUUGUCCAGACAAUGAGUGAAGGUUUGUCUGAGGUGGGUCAGGCCAGGGCCUGGAUCCAUUUGGCCCUUGAGAAGAAAGUGCUUUCACAACACCUCAAAGCACUGCUUACAAACCAGGAGCUACUGAGGCAGCUGUAUAAGCCCCAUGCAUUCCUGCUGUGUGAGGAAGAGAGGGAGCAGUUCCUGUUCCACCUGCUCUCUCUCAACACCGUGGACUACCUCUGCUUCACGCGCGCCUUCACCUCCAUCAGUAUUCCGUACCGUGUUGUUAUAAUGCCCAUGAAGAAGCUUAGCAUUGCAAUGGCAACGGUUAAUCCUUGGGUAUGUGUGUCAGGAGAGCAGGGUGAUUCAGGAGUUAGACAGAUCCCUAAGAAUACACAAGAGAUCUUUUUCCAGUGCAAGAACCUUGGCAGGCUUAGUACUUUACAGUUGGGACAAGAGAACUCCGGCCUGCUGGCCAAGUGUUUGAUCGACUGUGUCAUUGUCUAUAAUGAGAUCACUGGACAUACCUACAAGUUCCCCUGUGGCCGCUGGCUGGGAAAAGGCGUGGGUGAUGGCAGCUUGGAACGGGUUCUAAUUGGUCAGCUGGUGUCGCCAGCUGCUGAAGAAGAUGCUGGAAAGUUGACAGGGACACCCCCAGAGCUCGGCUCACCCACUCAAAGUGUACGAACAGUGUUGGGAUCACUUGCUGGCCGCAGCAGGAUGACAUCCAAUGAGGUGCAAGAGGACAUGAGGGAGGCUGCAAACAACCUUGUCAAACACUUCCAUAAACCUGAACAAGAGAGGGGCAACCUGACAGUCCUGUUAUGCGGUGAGGGGGGGCUGGUGCUGUCCUUAGAGAAGUUCCUUCUUCAUGGGUUUAAGUCCAGUCGUCUCUUCCAGAGAAAUGUGUUUGUGUGGGACUUUGUGGAGAAGGCAGUGGUUUCCAUGGAGACAGCCGAUCAGAUGGGUGACCUACGUGGCUCAACACAGCCUCUGGGCUCACCUUGCGACUCGCUGUGCCACUACGUCAAUGCCAUCAACACCUCACCAAGGAGCAUUGGGAAGGAGGGCAAGUUCCAGCUGCUUGUCUGCUUGGGAAUCAGGGACCGGCUACUCUCUCGGUGGCUCCCCCUUUUGGCAGAAUGUCCCCUGACAGCGCGGACGUACGAAGAGGGCGCUCUGCUCCGGGACCGUGCUGAAGUGCACUCCCUAUCCCGCAUACUGCACACGCUCCAUGAGUUUACCGUCACCUUGGAGACGGCUCUCGUCAAAGGGGUUGACCUCUAACCCCUCAAAAUGAGCACCAUUCAGAAUUCACAGAGGCUGCGGCUCCGGCUUCACAAACCCACUGCUAGAGUGCUGAUGGCUGAACUUCAAUGGUGUUGGAUAACCUUCCUUUCGUGGGCAGGAAAACAAAAGUAAAUUCGGACAAUUCAGAGGGAGCCAGGGCCUACAGGUUCUGAAGUAAGACUUUCGUGGAAAGGACGAAGGACUGGGUAACUCACUGGAAUUUUGUGGAGGAUAUGAAUAAAAUGUUCACCCAUAUGGCAGGCAACUGGCAGUUUCUGCUUAAGACUUAUUGCCUUGCUCACUGAAGUAAAUGUCCUUAACAUUAGCCUAAGGAAAUAAUGGUUGAUUUUCUUAUGCUUGUUUACACUGUGAUAAUCUGUUUCCUCAAGCAGAAAUAGAAAAGUCAUUUCUCCCCUCCCAUCUACAGUAGGUAUUUUCACAGCUUUCACCGUGAGCCUUCGUCUAAGGCCACUAUACUGUAACACACUUUCCUCCAAUUUAUGUAAUGCUUGCACUUGAAUUUAAAACUCCACAUAUGCAUGGCCAAAUCUCUUUUUUCUUCUCAGUGUAUUGUGAUCCAAAAU